AUGGUCUCGAUCACCAAGCUCCCGUUCGAGAUCCACGUCCAGAUCGUACGCUACGCCAACAUCCAAGGCGACCUCCCGAGCCUGCGGUUGUCGUGCGUGCAGUUAAACGAUGUGGCAAUCAAGGAAAGACGUCUGCUGCUCACCGACUUACGGCGGCACUACGGCAUCAGCACUCGGGUCGUGGACCUGUAUCUCCUCCACAAACUAGGCCGGGAACCCCCAGCCAGCCUUAGCCUCAUGCAAGUCAUGGCCGUGGGUCGGUUCCUGCGCAACCUAGACGCCAUGGCCUUUGAUCUGGACAGAAUGGCCCAGCGGCUGAACCACGUCAAUGUCCGGCAACCCCAGAUCCAGCCGGAGUGCGUCGACAGAAGCGCUUUUAUGCUUUUUGCCGCCCUCAGUCGUCUGCUUAAUGGCGCGGCUCAGAUAGGCGCUUACGGCAGAGGAGAUGUGCUGGCACCCUGUCUCAAUGCCAGACAUGCCGUCUCCAUCCUCUUGUCGAAGCAGUUUGUUCAGUUUGUCAGGGAAGAGUUGACGCUCGAGGAGCUCGAGUCCGUGAUCGCUGCCAUCAAUCUGUGCGUCACGAGAUUGUGGAGCACGAUUUUCCUGUUCCGGCCCAGAGAGUCAAUUGUUAGUGGGUUCGGCAGCCUUUGCGGCGCAUCUUUCAACGCCGAUCAAGCGAUUUUGACCGAAGAUGUUAUUUGGAGAGGACCAGAAUGGGCUUCCAAGGUCUUGGAAUUCUAUGGGCGGGAAAAUGUGGGGUGUAAGCGAAAACUCAAGCCCGGAGAGUACAAACGUCUCGACACAAGGUUUGUCUCGGAGGGGAUUUGGAAAGGGUCGCCAGAAGAGGGAGCUCGGUUGGCGGCGAAUGGGGUCGCGAGGAUGUUGUGGAAGGAGAGACAGCAGCGGAUCGAGGACAAGGCGAGUAUCUCGGUGCGGUGA